GAAGGGCUGCCCAAGGCAGAAACUUCUCAGACUCUGGAGGAGAGGAAGCCAGCGGGGCAAAAGAGAGACGAGGAAGAAAAGGUGACGAGUUGACCGGACGAAAGCAAGCCAGGAUGGCUCAGCGCUCAGAAGGGAUGUCCCGCCGGGACUUGUCGGAAGCCCUGAAGGAAAGCACCAAGGAGGUGCACGUCCAGGCGGAGAACACCGCGUUCAUGAAGAACUUCCAAAGGAGCCAGAUCUCACUUCGGGAAUUUAAGCUGUAUUUAGCUUCUCUGUACUACAUCUAUUCGGCUCUUGAGGAUGAAUCUGAGCGGAAUAAGGACAACCCAGUCUAUGCACCUGUUUAUUUCCCAAAUGAACUUAAUCGCAAGGCUGCUUUGGAGAAAGACUUAGAAUAUUUCUAUGGUCCAACAUGGAAAGAGGAGAUCCAGUGUCAUGAGGCAACUCAGAAAUAUGUGGACCGGAUUUAUCAUGUGGGUCAGUAUGAACCAGAGCUUUUAGUGGCUCAUGCUUACACUCGCUACCUAGGAGAUUUGUCUGGGGGCCAGAUUCUGAAGAAAAUUGCCCAAAAAUCGCUACAACUGCCAAGUACUGGAGAGGGACUGUCUUUCUUCAAUUUCCCUGGGGUCACCAACAUCUCCAAGUUCAAACAGCUCUACCGAGCUCGGAUGAACAGUCUCCCCAUGGACCUUGCUACUGAAGAGAGAAUCCUGGAAGAGGCCAAGAAAUCUUUCCUGCUGAACAUAGAAGUGUUUGAGGAGCUGGAGAGGCUAGCGAGCCAAGGACGAAUCUCAGAGAAUGGACACAUUGUGAAGCCCAAGACAGAGCUUCACACAAGAGGAAUCAACAGUACACAGGGUCCAAAGCAAGAUGACCGGGUACAGAUGACACAUAAGGACAUGUUGCCCAGCACAUCAUUCAUACGUUGGACUCUGGUUCUUUUCUUCUUAGCAACAACGAUCCUUGUGGGCUUUUAUGCCAUGUGAAUAGAAGAGACUUAAAACAUAUUUCCACCAGCAUCUGCCUCUUCUCAAACUGACUGAUCUUUACCUAGAAAGGAACACUCUGCUUGGAUGAUCUUGCAUUACUAAUAAUAUGGACUAUACAAACGGUUUCAAAAUUCCACAACUUUUAUGUAGAACAUUUCUCCAAAGUUCCUGGUGUGCUACAACAUGCUAGGCCUUCAAAAAAGUCAGAAAACCACAAGGACCGAUCACAUUCCAUUUUAGAUGACCGAGGAAUAUACGUUACUGUUGGUAUUUUGUCCAUUGAUUAUUUUCUACAACUAUCUACUGUUGUAUAUCCAAACCUAAGGACAAUACAUCAUUCUAUGGCUGUAUAUGAUGUUUGUAAUUUUGAAACACAUUUGGGCCUCAGGAGGGAGUGAACAAUAUACAUGAGUGUAUCCUCAUGUACUUGUAACAUGUCUGUAUUUUAUGUGUAUCAUCAUUAAAGUUAACUGUGAACUAACGGAA